AUGGAUGCCGGGUCAACCCUCGAGGAUAUUCGAGCUUUAGGCCGUUUGGAACGCUUGCUGCUGUCUGUGCUUCCCCGCCACGUAGCUAUGGAGAUGAAGGCCGACAUCGCCGGACAGCCCAAGCAGGAGCAGUUCCACAAAAUCUACAUACAAAAACAUGAGAACGUGAGCAUCCUGUUCGCCGACAUAUGCGGGUUUACAACUCUCUCAGAUCAGUGCACGGCGGAGGAACUGGUUCGAAUAUUGAACGAGCUCUUCGCGAG